AUGUGCGACCGCCAACCAGCUCCAGCCCAGCCGCAGGAGGCAGCUCCCUCCGCAACACCAUGGUGGGCAGCCUACCCAGAGCCCCAGUCCAAGCCUGCGAGAAUUUCGCGCGAAGAAGUAUUGCAAAUGCUAAAGACGAAAUCUUUGGGAGAGAGAGACUUCAUUCUGGUUGAUGUGAGAAGGAACGACUUCGAGGGAGGGACUGUCCAAGGCUCAAUCAAUCUCCCCGCUCAAAGCCUCUACCCCACUAUUGCAAGCGUGUACACUGUCUUCAAGGCAGCGGGCGUUAAGAAAGCUAUCUUCUAUUGCGGCUCCUCCAGCGGUCGUGGCCCCAGAUCAGCUGCUUGGCUUGCCGACCACAUCUCCCGUGUGGGCGACACCACCAUGGAGAGUCUCAUCUUAGAAGGCGGGAUCAAGGGAUGGGUAAAUGCAGGACCCGAGUAUGUUGAGUGGAUGGACGGGUACAAUGCAGAGGUGUGGAAGAAGCUUGAUGGCGGUCACUGA